UUUUGUUCUUCCUGAGACUUAAAUCUGUUGCUUGUGUGGCUGAUCAGAGCCGAAUUCCAUUGACAUAUCAAUGGGAGAGUAUUUGCAGGAAUUCGUGGAUGAGACCACUUGGUACAACCACCUUGUGUUGGGCAACCUUUUGCCUACACAGUUUUGGGAUCCGCUCCCCCAUGUCUUGCAAACUUGGCUGCGAAACUACAUUGCCGGGAAUUUGCUUUAUCUCAUCUCCGGUUUCCUUUGGUGCUUCUAUAUUUACUACUUGAAACGCAAUGUUUAUCUUCCCAAAGAUGCUAUACCUACAAAUAAAGCCAUGCUCUUGCAAAUUUAUGUUGCUAUGAAGGCCAUGCCUUGGUACUGUGCUCUUCCAACACUUUCCGAAUACAUGGUUGAAAAUGGCUGGACAAAAUGUUAUGCUAGAAUAAGUGAUGCCAGUUGGUUUAUGUAUGCGGCAUAUUUAUUUAUAUAUCUUGUCUUUGUCGAGUUUGGCAUUUACUGGAUGCAUAGGGAGUUGCAUGACAUAAAACCUCUAUACAAGUAUCUUCAUGCAACUCAUCACAUCUACAACAAACAGAAUACCCUUUCUCCGUUUGCUGGUUUGGCUUUUCACCCUCUGGAUGGAAUACUGCAGGCAGCCCCUCAUGUUAUAGCACUGUUAAUCAUCCCAACUCAUUUUAGAACUCACAUCGGACUCGUAUUCCUCGAGGCCAUCUGGACGACGAACAUUCACGAUUGCAUCCACGGAAACCUUUGGCCUGUCAUGGGUGCUGGCUACCACACCAUUCACCACACUACGUAUCGCCAUAAUUAUGGGCAUUACACCAUUUGGAUGGAUUGGAUGUUUGGAACCCUACGUGACCCUGUUGAUGAUGAAGCCAAGAAGGUGAUGUAACCGGGUCUGCUUGUCUCGACAUUUCGGUUCGUCUUCUCGAAGUUUCUUUUAGUUUGUUGGUUAGUUCUGCACGCUGGUUGCUUUUGAGAUUUAUUGGCCCUUGGGUGUGUGUGUUAUCUUGGUUGCAGGUUUGAAACCAUGUUUGGCUAGAAACUUUGUACAAGUUAUUUAUUCAGACCUUUUUUUUAGUAUCAAUCAGACACUUGUGAU